GUGCUGCGGACUCCUCCUGCGCCCCGCUGCUCGACAGGGACUCGCUGCAGCUGCCCGAAGGGCUCUCGGUGCUACGGGUGGCGUACGGGGACGUGUCUCAGCUCGGCGUCUUCUGCACGGACCCCAUCUCCAAAGGAGUCCGCUUCGGCCCUUUCCAAGGCAAAGUGGUCAACACCAGCGAGAUCAAGACUUACGACGACAACUCGCUGAUGUGGGAGAUCUUUGAAUACGGCCGCUUGAGCCACUUCAUAGACGGGAAGGGCGCCUCUGGCAACUGGAUGUCCCUGGUGAACUGUGCCAGGUUCCCCGAGGAGCAGAACUUGAUGGCUCUCCAGGUCCAGGGCCAAAUCUUCUACGAGAGCUGCAAGGACAUCUUGCCGAAGCAGGAGCUGCUGGUGUGGUACGGCGAUUGCUACGUGCAGUUCCUGGGUAUCCCCAUCAGCCUGAAGGGCAUGCCGGAGGGGAAGAAGCCCUCGGAGCAUCCCGAAGAAGCUGGGGAGAGCUUUAAGUGCGAGCGCUGCGGCAAGGUUUUUGCCUACAAGUACUACCGGGACAAGCACCUCAAGUACACCCGCUGCGUGGACCAGGGGGACCGCAAAUUUCCUUGUCACCUCUGUAACCGCUCCUUUGAAAAAAGAGACAGACUGAGGAUCCACGUUCUCCACGUUCACGAAAAGCACAGACCUCACAAGUGCUCAGUGUGUGGGAAGAGCUUUUCUCAGUCCUCCAGCCUGAACAAACACAUGAGGGUUCACUCCGGGGAGCGCCCCUACAAAUGUGUCUACUGCAACAAGGCAUUCACAGCAUCCAGCAUCCUGCGCACUCACAUCCGCCAGCAUUCAGGGGAGAAGCCCUUCAAAUGCAAGCACUGCGGCAAAGCCUUCGCCUCGCAUGCAGCCCACGACAGCCACGUGCGCCGCACGCACAGCAAGGAGAAGGGCAGCACUUGCCUGGUGUGUGGCCAGCACUUCUCCGAGCAGGAGGAUUACCACUUCCACAUGAAGAUUCACACCACCCAUUAG